AUGCGUUCUGUCGAACCCCAGGUGAUUGGCGCCGUCGCCGCCGUCGUCUCAGCCUUCCAUGGCGGGGCCGAGUUGGUUGCUCAGAUGAAGAAGAAGCACAAAAAGAGAAAGGGCGAGCAGGCAUACAAGGAGAAGCAGUUGCAGGAGUCGCUGCAGAGUGGCGAAAUUCAGGUCGAGACGCGAUAUGCGGCCGACUGUCGCGAGUUGGGUGAAUAUGUGAAGCGAGGCGACGUCAUUGCCCGAGACCGGCUUUUACAUAUUGCCGUAGUUAUACAAGCCGAGAUCAUCAGAAGCCUUCAACUCGCCGUCAAGUACGAAAACGCCAUCCUCGACCUCACCGUUCUCCACGAGACGUCCAUCAUGAAUCGGAAGGAUACUAUGGUCACUUUGGACGAGCUGAAGCAGCGGAUAAUGAUGAUGCUUCCGCCGCAGCGAAUGUCCCCGCCUGCUCUGGAUUCGCCUAGCAGACAGACUCUCCAUUCCACGGAGAGCCUUACUUCGAGCAUGGUCCCGGACAACUACUUACCACCUGGUAUCACUAUCCCGGAUCAGCACGACCCUGACAGUAAAUCCAGCUUGAGUAGGUUCCUCUCUACGCGGAGGACCAGCGGAAAGAAUUCAACGCAGCAUUCACCUUCGAACUCUUUGUCGAGCGCCAACUUCAAUUCCGGAUAUCAGUUUCUGGGACCACCGAUUCAGGAGAGCAGCAUGCGCGGGCGUGAUAAUCGCCUGGAGAAUCACGUGGAUAUCUACCAAGACAUCAACGACACACUAACUUCUUUCCAAGGCCUCAAUAUUGAUAACACGCGCCGCGAUACACUUGGUCAGCUCCAGGGUCUCCCACAACCACGACAACCACCACCACAAUUCGACCCGACGGACCUUUCAAAUCACCCGGCCUUCACAAACCCACCAAUCAACCUAGCAGACAUUUCUAGUCACCCAGCCUUUGCCAAGUCACGGAACAAUAUGGGAAAUACCCCCAGUCAACGUUUCGACUCUCCAACCUCACUGAACCGCAUUCCUUCUACAGCUACCUCGUCAGUCUACUCGGAAGUCAAUUCUGAGCCCACACGCAACAAUAUGGGGACUACCUUCAGUCAACCUUUUGACGCGAACUCAUUCGGCCGCAACGACUCCACUUCCAGCCGCUCGGCGUACUCAGACCGUAUCCCAGCAUCUGUUCACAGCCAUAGUUCACAUGCGUCUAUAGGAACGACUGGUUCCUCAGGUUCCGCUUUCUCGCCCAGGACUUCAGCCACUAGUGCACCAACACCAACAACUCCGGUUACCCCAGAUGUCAGCCAGGGACAUUUCACGUACUCGCUUUUCCCUCAGGUGCCGCGCAAAGGUCCUAGUCCGCCUCCUUUGACGGCUCUUCCUCCCCCUCCACCUCCUCCAACGAGGGGUCUACCCUCAAUACCGACUCCGCCAGCUCCUCAGGUUUCCAGUCCUCCGUUGAGCCCGAGCCCAAGUGCGCUGCAAAUCAGCAACCCCUUCAGCCCGAAAACUCCACCAGCAUCCAGCACUCCCACAAGCCCGAGUGCUCUCAGCAUCAGCGCCCCUUUCAGUCCAAAUUCGAAUACGCGUAGCCCUAAUACAUUCAGUACCGGCAGUCACAUCAGCAACGUCCCCAGCUAUGGUUCCUCCAACCGCCCUUCGCUGAUCUCUACUAUGUCAAACAUUACACGUAGUACCACUAGCAGCUCGAGCACAUCAACUCCCUCGACCAUCAAUGCAACCAACAUGAUGGCCGGCCGGCCUUGCAAGCAAAACAACUACUGGGGCUUCUGCAAAGGCUCGUGGGGUGUGCGCGAAGAGAUCAAGAAGGGUCUUUCAGUGCAAACCCGCCCAGAAGGGCUGUACAAUACCGUUUCGGUCUGGCAAUGCAAGCACUGCCUCUUCCAGGGCGACACGUUCCAAGUGGCGAUCCCCGGCAAAAAGAAAAAGGAAGUCAUUGUCGAUCCUAAUAUCCACACCUCGGCCGUGGGCAUCAAGUACCGUUUCAUCUUCCUCGCCAAGUCGCACGUUAAGCGAAAGAGCUCGUCGGUCAUCUCGGGGACGGGAGGCGAGUGCAGCUACGGGUGUGUGAUCUGCUGCGCCGAGGGGAAGAGCACGAGCGUCUUCGGGAAUGUUAACACGCUCAUGAACCAUAUUUUCAAUAGCCAUGCGAAGGGUAUGACUGAGGAAGUGCAGCGCAGCACGAAAUGUGUUGUGGGGCGAGAGCCGGAGCCGGGUGAACAGUGGGAUGUGUGUAUCCCGUUUAAGCGGUUUCUCGGAGACGGCACGGCUGUAGCUGAGUAG